AUGGACCCCGAGGCAAUCAAGCGAGGCCAGGUUAUCAUACCGACGCCGAAAUGGUUCAUCGCGUUGCGCGCCUUGCAGAUCGUCCUCGGUAUUAUCCUCGUGGGCCUGACGGGAUGGUGGAUCCACGGCCUCUACUACGACGAGCUGGGUUUCGUCAUCGUGUGUGGCAUCUUCACCUGGAUCAUCGCGGCGUACGCGCUGCUGUCGGAGAAGGUGCCGGCGUGCCAGCGCGCGUACAACACGUGGGCGGUGCUCGCGCUGGACCUGCUCAUGGUCAUCUUCUGGCUCGCGGCCAUGGGCGCGACCGCGCAGCUGCGCAGCCGCUUCACCAUCCCCGUGAGCGCGACGUGCGUGAGCGACGGCAGCGCCAUCAACAGCGGCCGCUGCACCGUCUGGAAGCGCGCCGGCGUCGCCACCAACAGCGCCCUCGCCGUCCUCAGCGGCAUCGCCGGCCUCAGCGCCCUCGCCAUGCUCCUCUUCGUCCCCACCUUCGCCUACGUCUGCCACUACUUCCGCCUCUCCUUCGCCGCCCGCGCCGCCGCCAACGACCCCGAGAAGAACCCCCCCGCCGGCGCCGUCCCCGGCGUCCCCAACCCCGCUACCGAGCUCCAGACCGGCCUCCCUCCGCCGUCCCAACCCCAGCCCGACCAGCACCAGUGGGGCCAGCCGCCGCAGUCGGUCUACCCCGUGCAGCAGCCCCCCGCCGGCGCUCCCCCGUUCCAGCAGGGUCCCGUGUACGACCCCUACGCGCCGCAGAACGCCGUCUACGGGGGCGCGGCGGGCACGUAUCCGCCCCAGCAGCCGUACAUCCCUACGGGCACGCCGGCCCCCGGCCAGCACUACACUCCGCAGGGCACGCCAGCGCCGGGGCCGGUCUACCAGCCGCCGGCCCAGUAG